AUGGCUUUCCCAUUUCCCGGCCAAUAUCAACAGCAACCAUGUUAUGCGGCUUCCCACUUCUAUGUAGAGGGUCAAAUGGAUCCGUCGGUUCAGCUCUUCAUGAUCAGUCGAUGGACAAAUGAUCUGGCAGCACGUCUCCAGGAACUACAAGGACAGCUCGCUUUCACAAUCUCUUCCGUAGAUCCACGGACCGUUAAGUGGCUGGAGUUCCACAUCUAUCUAGCGCAGCAGUUCGAGCUCAUAUCUGCAGGCCUUGUAACUCACCGCUCAUGGUUAGAUCAGCUUCAGCAAAUGCAACAUCAACCAGUGCAGCAAGAUCAUCAGUAUCAGUAUCAGCAACAACAGAACCAACAGGAGCACCAGCGAGAUCAGGAACAGCAGCUACAACAGCAAUAUUAUGCAGAGCAAGCGGAAAGACCCAUUUUCGACAUUCCCCAUACCUAUUCUAUGUCCAAAGCACAAAUAAAGAAGCUAAAUGAGAAGCUUGAAGUAGCACACGAGGAAAGUAAAAACGAGACUCGACGUAAACUCAAAAUGAAUGAUUCUAUCACGGGUGCUUUACCGGAAUAG